UCUAUUACACUCCAUGCUCAUUCAUCUUCGUGUAUUCUCUCGAAACGACAUUUUGCAGUAACAGCUACCUACUUAUAUAUAUUCAAAGAGUUCUACUGUUCCCACUUUCUUGAUUUGAGUUUGUUUAUCAGUAACUGAUCAUGGCAGAGGAGAAUCAGAACAAGUAUUAUGAGACCUCUGAGACCAGUGAGGUCGAGGCCAAGGACCGUGGUCUAUUCGAUUUUCUUGGUAAGAAAAAGGAAGAACAAAAGCCUCAGGAGGAGGAGGUGAUCGUCACCGAGUUUGAGAAGGUUUCGGUUUCUGAGGAACCCGAGAUCAAGUUCGACGAGAAGAAGAAAGAGGAGAAAGAAGAGGAAGGAGAGAAAAAACACAACAUCUUGGAGAAGCUUCACCGAUCUAACAGCAGCUCAAGCUCUUCGAGCGAUGAGGAAGGAGAAGACGGAGAGAAGAAGAAGAAGAAAAAGAAGGAGAAGAAAGGUCUUAAGGAGAAGAUAGAGGGUGAUCACAAGCACGAGGACACGACUGUUCCAGUUGAAAAGGUUGAGGUUGAUUAUGAGGUUGAUGUAGCAGAAACUGAGGAAAAGAAGGGUUUCCUCGACAAGAUUAAGGAGAAGCUACCUGGUCACAAGAAGACAGAGGAGGUUACUCUUACUACUCCUACUCCUCCUCCUCCUGCAUCAUCAUAUGAGUAUGGUGAGAAUACUCAUGAAGGAGAGGCUAAGGAGAAGAAAGGUAUUUUAGAGAAGAUUAAAGAGAAGCUUCCUGGGUAUCACCACAAGACAGAGGAAGAGAAACAAAAGGAGAGUGCCACUCAUUGAUUGAGUGACACUUUGGAUCGACAAGGCUAUAUAUGUUGUCAAUUGAAUAUGAUCAUUAUGUGCUUUAUUUUAUUUACUUUCAUUACUGCCUUGUGGGGGUUUUAUCUGUAUUUCUUGAUUUAUACUUUGUGUGUUUCUUUUGAAUAUGUUAAAAAAGUUUGUCUAGGUUUCCUUUUUAUUUUUUAAAAAGAAAAUGAUGUAUUGAAAGAAAAUGGAAGGAAGAAUGUAUUUUGUUUGUGUUUUGGGAUUUUCUUUUUAAACAAUUAUCGUGUUUAUGUUUUCUAUGCG